CUAUAAAAUCCUGUUACAUAAUUAUCAGUUUAUAAGUUUAUACUAAUCAAAUCCUGUGGUAUCUACUGUGAAAAAUACGAAAGUUCAUAAACUGAGAGUCUAUAUAGGACUGCUUGUGCGCGGACGGCCUGAGCUAGUGGUGGGCCGACCUGCUAUUGUGUUUUUUGGAACUUCGGGAAUUGAAGGCAGUUGAUUCACGUGACCUUUAUAAACAUGACCAUCAUAUCCAAGAAUAUCAACGAUGCUGAGAUCUUUCUGAGAGAGUUGUGCGAUGAAAUGUAAGUCUUCUCGAUAUGCUUUGUUUACACGUAUGGUGGUACGUUUCUCUGGGCAUGUGAGAGUGUGGUUACCUCCGCAAGGACGGUUAGCUACUUCUGGGAAAUCAUCACCUUCUUUGAUCGCUCUGAAAGAAAUGAAUGGUAUCAAUGGACCAUUUGCGUUAUAGACUAAAUUUUGAUCUAGACAAAAAUUUCAUCACAGGUUGAAAGAGCAUCACAAAAUUAGUAAAAUUCCAACGUUUCGUUGCGAAAUGUUGUAAAAUGCGGAUAACAUAGGGCCAUUCCAUUUAAUGUACACACCCCCCUGUGGACGAAGUCAAUAAAAUUUGAACCCCUAAGAAAAAAAGAUCAAAGUGCCGACACAAACACCCCUUCAGAAAUUAAGAAAUUUUUGCCUUACCCCUCGGAAAAAACGCAAAGAUCAAAGGAUGCCGAUGCACACAACCCCUCGGAGACGGCUUUUUCAACCCCCCUCGGAAAUUUUCGUCCACAGGGGGGUGUGUAUAUUAAAUGGAAUGGCCCAUAGCCUUGCGAAGUUUGCGGGUGUUGGGGCAUCAAUUUCCCGUUUGUAAUACAAAAUGACUGAAAGUUGCAAAUUUUGCAAGGCUAUAUUAUCCGCAUUUUACAACAUUUCGCAACGAAACUUUGGAAUAUUACUAAUUUUGUGAUGCUUUUUAAACUUGUGAUGACAUUUUUGUCUAGACUUGUCUAGAUCAAAAUUUAGUCUAUAAUGCAAAUGGUCCAUUGAUUUCUCAAAACACUCUGGUUAAUUAAAAUUGCUUCACAAUUGGUUUAUCAGUUUGUAUGACACGGAGGCGUCUAAAAUCGCCGGUAAAUUAGUCUCAUUAAAAAAACUUGUCUCGCAAUUUUGCUGCGACACAGUAACACCCUCUUCAAUCGUCAAGUCUCGCAACACAUUUGUUGUGGGAACCUGAUUCUACUUUGUGCAACGUUUCCUGCAACAAUUAUAAAAAUGUUGCUAGACUCGACGACGAUUGCAGGGGUGUGUUACACUUUGCAAUUUUACGUUGAAAGGAGAGAAAUUUUCAAUUUCAAAAAAUCGCAGGACGUCGAGUAGCUAUUGGUAGAAUUAUCAUCACGAGCUUGCUUGAAGGAUCUACUGAGGACAAGAAAAAAUAUAAAAAGAACUUUGACGUUUCUAAUUUCCAGAUGACGGACUUUCUAACUUCAAGACACUUCACUGGAACCAAACACUCAAGUCUCAACUGAGAUAUUUUGGGAUAUAUUCUACCUAUACUGGACCCCCCACGUUUGAGAUACAUCAUAAUUAAGAUGCACCUUACCCCAGUUUUAGCAGUUCAUUUUGAACUUUAGCCUGACCCAAUGACUCAGUUUGGUCUUUCCCACGUGGAUUAUGUACGUCAUACAUUUUCUGUCGCAUAUUACUGAGAUCAAAUGACAUGGACUUGCCGUGAGGUAGUGGCUUAUUCAAGGGUAAUGAGGGUAACUUAGUGCCUUCACGGUACAGAUGUACUGGUCUAUCACAUGAGAUACAGUUUGCAGGUUGUAGUAACAUACAACGACUUGCAGCAGCUUGGGAUUUGUCUUCAUUCGGUUUUCGUUGUACUUUGGAAUUAAGAUCUUUCAGCCUUCCCUCAAAAUAAUCCUUCACUGUAUCCAUGUCCAUCUUAUCCAAUUUGGAGUUGACAUCUGAAGUGAUGUGGUUAAUUGCUUGCUUCAAUGUUGCUUCCUGCAAAUUCAAGUAGAGAAAACUACACCUAAGAAAAUGGCAUGAUAGUAGUACAUCUCUUGUAUCGAUGCAGGUUAUGUGGUUGGGUGAAGUCACUACAUCUCUUGUAUCGAUGCAGGUUAUGUGGUUGGGUGAAGUCGUUACUUCACCUCAUGCGAUGCGACCUUUGCCAUCUAAUAUGGAAACCAGACAUUAAGCAAUUAAACUGAAUUCUUUUCAGAAAUGUAAUCCUGUAUGAAAUGCAAACAACAUAAUAGUAUGCUGCACAAAACGACACAAUAAAGAGAGACUCGGAGCAGCAAAUCUAUGAAAAAUCUACUCACAUGUCCAACCAACUUUUCAACAAGAUCUUGCACGGAUUGAUCCAAACAGCUCAGACUGUUAUGAAACUUAUCUUGACUGACUUUUUUCUCCAAUUCUUUCCGAUCAGCUUUCACUUCAAUCUCGCGAUUGAUUUGUUGUCUAUCUGCCUUGAUGUUCUCCAGUUGAUCCACAUGACCAUAUAAAGCUUCGAGGUGAAGUUGUUUCUUGUUUUGAUCAUCGACAAGUUGUGACAUUGCAGUGUUAUGUUUGUCAAUGUCAUUCUUCAUUUCCAGUAAGCUGGAACGAAUGUGAUGAAAUUCCUCGCUGUCACCAGCACCAAACGAGUGUUUGCGACCAACAGCACUUGCAAAAGCCUUUCGUACCUCUGAGUAACGGUAAAAAUAAUUUAUAGUUUUAUUUUUAUAUAUAUUUUACUUGGUAAAAAAACAUGCGCGUUUUCAUUUAUUUUGAGAGAAAUUAUAUGUUUGGUAAUAGAAAGAUUUCCUACUAGAGGACUUAGUGUUGCAUUUUUCUGGACCUUUUUUAAGAAUUCGUCCGUGGGGAGGGGGGAGCAUCUACAGAAAGGGGCCAUACUAUAGUGUGGUGUCGUAUAUCAUAGUAAGUGAGUCUGGGGUCCUCGAGCUCCAGAAAAUGUUGGAUUUUUCCACUCCUAUUGGACAUUUCAUGUGUUUUCUGAAACAGAUUUUUGUAUAUACAGUGUUACAAUAUCACUUAUUUAUUUAACAACUUUAUUGGUUAAUAUUUACAAAUAUGUACAAAUACAUUUUAAAAAUAACCAGUCGGCAAAGGCGCGAACAGGACUGAAGUACCCAUGGCCAUGCGCCUUUCCGUUAAAAUAAAACGUUAACAUAACAUAGGUCAACAUGAGACUACAUAUAGUAAAUUAUACAGUGUGUAAAACCAAUGGACAGUCACGAGACAGUGUCCAUCAUGUUCACGGCAUAUCUAUAUCAAAGGAUGCAUUGAAUAAAGUUUAUAAUAUAGAUAUGUUUGUUUGAGUAAUUCUUUAAAUGAUGAGAUGUUGGGAAAGCCAUGUACAGGAGCUGUUUUGCAAAUAGUGUUCCAGAGUUUGACAAUCUGGUUAUACAUGCAUGCAUAUACGUGCUUGGUGUUGUAAAUCCUGUCAAGAAAUGUCUUAAUGCAACUAUCUAUAAGUGCUUUAGGAUAACCAUUGGAAGAAAAGGUUUUCUUAAAAUUUUCCAUUUCAGACUGGAAAGAUAUGUAAGAAGAACAAAUAUUGGAAUAUCGAGAUAUAAGAGAGAAAAGAAGACCUUUUUUGACAUUUUGUACAUCAUUGGAAUAAAGCUAUCAAAAUUUGUGAAUAAGCCAGUUGAAGUGCAUUUGUGAUGGACUGAGGUCGUGAAUAAGCCGUUUGAACGCAUUACAUUAACAUCAAGAAAAGGGAGCGAAGAAUUGUUUUCAAGUUCAUGUGUGAAUUGAAUAUUUGAAUGUUUGGAAUUGAGAUAAGAGAGGAAGGGAAGCACAUGAUCACGAGAUUGAAAGAUCAGAAAACAAUCAUCAACAUAACGACGAUAAAACAAAGGUUUAAAGUUAGAAAGGCAGUCAGCUAACCAAGAUUUUUCAUGGAAUGAUAGAAAGAUGUUAGCAAACAGUGGACCAAGUGGUGAACCCAUUGCAACACCAUCAACCUGCUUAUAAAGAACACCAUCAAAUAGAAAAUGACAAUUCUUUACAGUUAAGUUAAGAAGUCGAGUCAAUUGAUCAACUGUGAAACCAUGAAAGCGUGAGGUAUUAUAGAAACACUUAUUAACAAUUAUACUAAUAGUCUCAUCUAAUGGUAUGUUAGUAAUAGUCUCAUCUAAUGGUAUGUUAGUAUGUUAUGACUUAUGGGAGUCUCGCCUUUGACUUUUCUCAAUCAUGUGUCUGUCUAGUAUACUCGCUCACAAACACAUGCACAAACACCCAGUCUCCGCUUCUGAUUUCAAAAUCCUAUCAUCAGGCACUAAUUCUGAGUGGGAUCUUCUUAUCCGUGAAAGCCUAUUAUAUAAUAUCUCAACUUAACCCUGUCCUUAAUGCUAAUAUUAGAUCUACCCCUCUUGAGUUAUUUUAGUUAUGUAAUAUUAACCUUAACUAUACUAACGAUGCACUUAACAUUAAUCUUUACUUAUUAACUAUAGUUACUGACAAGUUCUUUUCCUUUCUUUGUAUUCAUUUGUUCUUUCAAACUACUAACCGUUUUUGUAAUAUUAAACCAUUAUUUUGUAAAUAUAUAUAACUAUAAAUAUCUUUAAAAUAAGAUUUCCGCCUGGUGUAUCAAUUGCCACAGACAUUGAAUCAUUUGAAGACAAGAGACGGGAUAUAAGAUUCACAAAGUAAAUUUCAGUUACUAGAAUAUCAAACCCCUUCUAAAUUCCAUUUUUCUUCCAAUGUUUUUGCUCAUAUUUUAGAGAAAAGGACUUUGACUGGGGAUGGGCAAAAUGGGCUUUGGCCCCCACUCAGUUAUAUAAACCCGUUCGCAAAUUGGACCCAACCUGCGAAUGGGGAUACUCGUUGUCUACUGUCUGUGAGCAUUUAACCGUAAUUUGGAAAUGGCCUACUGGAAGCACACAUAUCCUUGGGCAUCUCCUAAAAUCCUUACAGAUUUUCACAACAAACACAGGGACUAACCUUUUCACUAAGCAAGUUAAAAAAUACAUUCAUAUGCAUCGGUAUAGGACGAAGUUUUCUCUAAAUUAUCUAUCACGUUACAUUGCAAAAUAUCUGGAGUAUUUUGACUUAAAACCUUGAGUAAAAUAAUACACCCAUGCAUGCAAAGUGACUUAAAAUUUGAGUAAAAUCACUCAAAUUUAUGAGCAAAUCUAGUCAUUUUGAGUAAUUUUACUCAACUGAUAUUUUGAGUAACUGUGGGUGCAUUUUAAGUCAAACAAGACGCUCUAUUGAGCGUUAGUCGCUGGGGCUAUUGCAUAUUAUGCUGCAUGCGAUUGAGAUUAAGACUGCUAUUUGUUUGUUAAGUUUAUGUGUUCAUAUAAUAAAAUUGUUUUUGUCAAAAAUGGGAUUCAAGGAAAAAUUAAAACAAAGUUCAUCAAACAAGUCCCCGGACUAUAGACGAUAAACAAAUUUGUCUAAGUUUGGUUAUAUCCAAUUCACAACUUUACAUAAAUCGCAUGCCUUAAGGCUGCAUUCCAGUUACGCGUUUUUCAUACGUGCGUGUACGCACCUAUGAAAAACGCGUAACUGGAAUGCAGCCUUAAGUAUCAUUGUUCUAGUGUACUGAAGCAUAGAGUAUAGAACAAAGAUAACUAAGCUUUAGAAUUAUCUAGCUACAUGAAUGAAUGAAUGACUUUUAUAGUGUAUAGGGCUUAUCAAAUGCUUAGUUACCUCUGUUCUAUUCUAUGUGUGAACUACUGUAGAACACUAACUAGGCAUGAAUAUUUAAAGUUGUGAAUUGCAUAGCAACAAUGUAACUAACUUUGCCAAAUUUAUCUAUUAUACAAAUUAAUAUGUUCUGUGUGUUUGAAUUGUACAAUACCUAUUGUGAGAUAACAGCUGUCCUGAGAGCUUUUAAAAUAUCAUUUGCCAGCAAGGCAAAAAGCUCUAUUAAACCCUUGUCCCAUUAAGCAGAUUCUAUUUACAUCCAAAUAAACAGCAACUUGAGAAUAUUGUUGCAAUUUACGAAGUUCCAACUUUGUGAAAAUUGUGAACUUUUGUCGUCUAUUUCAGGCUUCCAGCCUUCCAAGUUUACUCAUAUAAGAUGACUUUCGGUUUAUAGAGUCUGGCUGAUGGAAAACUAUUAAGUUUCAUCGAAAAAAUGAAGAAAAUAUGCACAAAAUCGAUGAAACUAUUUCCAAAUACGCUCCAAAUAGGCGGCCAUCUUGAAUCCAGCGACUGAAAGUAAUGACGUAAUGUUUGACAAAAAAAUGACGUAGGUCAUUUUGUGACCAACAAUCCGCGAUGAAGCCGAAACCUAUAGUAGCUGGAGGCACAGAGUGCCCCAGCGACUAAUUAUAUAGCAAAACCUAUAUACAGCAAUAAUGAGCACUAUUUUACUCUAACAAAAAAUCAUUCCUGAAGGGGAAGAUGUUGCAUGGGCGUCAUUUGGUUAACCAGUCUAUCCGCCCAUGCAUGUCUCUUGUUGACCCAUUAGGCCGCAAUGAGCUCCAAUGCGCCCUUUACGUUGUUAUUUUACUCGCUUUAAACAAUUUUAUACUCCUAGAGGGGAAAAUGUUGAGAAUUAAUGGCGAUAAGCACCACGGAUCCAAAAAGAAAAUCGUAAUAACAUUCAUCAUUAAAACUCAGCUGUGUCCAUGUCUCGUCCUAUAAAGGCUAUUAUUAAUGUCAGUUUUGGCGCCGCUCUGAACAAAACUGUCAGUUAUGUUGUGUAUACAUCUGUUCUACAAUUAUUUUAAUGUUUUGCAUUAAUUUGCGUCAGCCUGUCUACAGUCUGUACACAGGCUAGCUACACUGGCGUAUAUAUACUUGACAAAUAUUUUCAAAUAGAGACUCCUUUCUGCAAUAGAAUAAAAUACUACAUCACACUCACACUUAUGGACGAUAGAGAAUAAUUUAUUAAUUUAUGAGGGUUAUUGAAACACUGGUUGUCCGAUAAUUGAAUACGAAGUCAUUUGAUGUACCUUAAAAUGAUUCCUGUUUUUUUUAAAUGCAAGGUUUAGUAAAAAUAACACAGAAACAAACUCGAAUAUAAACACAUAAUUUUUUCCACAAUGAGUAACUACUUUCCCUGGAUCACUCCUACUUUUACACGACCUGUAACGUACAUGUAACCAAACGUGAUUGUCCAGUGUAGGUAGAAUUCUUCAAUAAACUCUGAUGGUUUGUGUUUGAACUACCGAUCUUUCCAGCGAAGGCCUUCGACGAGAAAUUAUGGGGAACUACUACAAACCAGAACUGGCUAUUAAUUUCAUAGACUUACUCCAAGUCGACCUCCACUGUUAGUGAGCGAUUAAUUUCCUAACGAAGUGCCUUCGCUCGAAACGUUGGAAACGAGAGUCUUAAAUCAUUUUUCAGUUUAUUACCAUCACAGUUUAUUAUGUGUUUAUUGUGUGUUAAAUCCUGUCACUAGGAUUUAACACAUAAUCAUGUCAUAAUAAUAGACAACAUUCAAUCAACAAAAAUAUCUUACUAUGUCUCACCUUGUUCAUCGUCGAGUUGUUUCAUAAUCUUCAUAAUUUCUUUUCGGAUAUUUUCAACAUCAGACUUCAUAUGAUCUUCUGAUUCUUUAAGUCCACCAACAGUUUCUUUCAUUUCAUACAACUGGAAGAAAUUUUGUUUCAUUUCUUGUAAACUCUUACCCAAGCCUUGUAAUUGUCCUUCCAGAGAGGUUUCUAACUGACUGAGGUCUUGUUGAGAAGCGAUUGGUUUAGGAAGUGAAAGGUCUUGCAUCUGUGCUAGUUUGUUUAACUCAUCCUUCACUUGUUGUUGAAUCUCUGCCAGGUUCUUCAAUUCCUGCUCCAUAUUCGACCAGGAAUUUUUAUCAACGGUAUUUGAUAAGCAUUCUUCGAGAUCAUGUAUUUUCUGAGCAGCUUCUUCGCGGAAGUCAGACCAAUCAUGCAUUGUCAUGUAAAGUUCUUCAAAAGCUUCAGUAGUAAGACUACCGCGUCGUUCGUCCUUUUCACCUCGUUCUUCAGCUCUAAAUGAUGCGGCACCAAUACUUUCAACUUCUGAACAAGCGGUUCCAUCAUAAUCUGCUUGUUCGCUUUCCGCUUUUUCACUAAAUGGUGUUGUUCCAGUCGUUUCAGGCUCUGCUUGUUCACUAUUUGGUGUUGGUGACUUCGAUGGCGUAUGUUCAUCGUUUACUAUUGUUGAUGUUGUCUCAGUUUGUGGUUGUUCAUCACUUGUUCUUUCUGCCGGUUCAUCACUUCCUGUUGUUGUAGUUGCUGUUGUCUCCGUCUGCGCUUUCUCACUACUUUGGGUUCGUGUUUCCACAGGUUUCCCCGGUUCAUCGCUGCUCGGUUCUGACUUUGCAGUUUGGGCUCUACUUAUUGUCGGAGAGGUUUGCGCUGGUUGACUGCUGGUUUCUAUCGUCUCAGUUUGCGCUAGCUUACUGCUUAAUGUUUUCUUAGGGCUCUUUGGGACUGUUGGAGAUAGUUGCCGAUAAUUUUUCAGUUUAAAUUCCAUCAUCUCAUUCAUCUUCAUCACUGUUAUAUAAGGUUUCAAAUCAGUUUUAUGUACGAUAUUCUUCAACUUCCCGUCAAUUUCCGUCAUUGUAUCACUCAUAUUCUUGAUCUUGUUCGACAGUUCUUUAAGUUUUCCAUCGGGAGAAUCCUCUUUCAUCUUCUUCAAUUGUUCACUGAUAUCAUCCAACAUGGCUGUGAUACCGUUAAUUGCUCCUUCAGCUACUUCAAUUCUACGAACGAGAUUCAUUGCCUGCCACAUAUCUCCUGCUGCGGUCGUACUGCUGUCUCGGCUUUGCAAGUCUCGGGCUUGUUGGACGAUUUCCAAAUUAGUAGGAGCUGCGGACAGGGAUUCAAAUUUAGCCUCAAGAAUGGAAAUCUUUCUUUCCAGUUGAGAAAGACCUGGAACCAUUUCAAAAAAGCUUCGUUUGAGUAUAUCUGUUUUACUCGAGGCAGGGGAAGUACGUUUGCUUUCCUUUGUGACCGAAGAAACAGAUCUUCCUGCGAGAUUAGGCAAAGCUAAUUGUGGUGAAUGUGUUAUUUGUGACAGAGGAGAAUCAGUUUUAAACUGAGUUUUCUCAUCUGGACUGCGUUGUUUGGUUUCUUCUUUUGUAUCUUUCUCGUCAGCAGUUUUGAUUCCCUUCCCGUCAGCACUUUUGACUCCCUUUUGAUCUGAGCUCGUACUCUGGCCAGAUUCAGCUUCUCCAACACUCUUCAUUUCACCUGUACUACGUUUUGUUUGCAAGCUCUCUUUACUCUCCGUUGUUUCUUUCAUUUGUCCAUCAAGACUCACACCUGUAGAUGAAUAAAUAGACAGUUGAUUAUACAAAACAUUAUAGACAAAGGCUGAUAUCUAAUAAUAAUAUCAUAGGUGUUUUACAGUUUAACGUAGCCCAGUGUUGAAAAUUUUCGAUGUAAUUUCACAAUUAAUCAUUUUACCUGUAUUGUGCUUUGUUUGCAAAUUUUCUUUGCUUCCACUUGCUUCUAAUCCUUGUCCUUUACCACUGCCACUGGGGCUUUCUUCUGUUUGUAAAUUCUCUUUACUUCCUUUGCUUUCGAUUCCUUGUCCCGGAAGGCUUGUGCCUGGGCUGCGUUUUGUUUGCAAACUAUCUUUAAUCUCGACUGAUCCUACCACUUUUCCUCUAUCUUGUCCGGUACGACUACCACCUUCAUCAGGUCUCACUAUUUCACUGAUGCUAUCCUUGACUUGCACCCCACUCGCAGUUGUAUCAAGCUUCUCCAACGCAUUCAUGCUAUCUCUUGAUCUUAUUUCACUGCCGCGUUUCCCACCAUCGAACGCUGUUGAACUAUCGCGUGUUUUCAAUUCACUCAAACGCGUACGUUUCCCAUCAGCUUGGUCACUGAGACUGCUGUAUCCAAGGAAAUGUGUCUGCGACUUUGUCCCGCUCAACAUUCGUGUCUCUUCCAAGGCAGAUUGUAUGCAGAUAUCAUCUGCAAUGUCGAUCUGUUUUCGUGCUAUUGAAAAAUGUUUAACCAACUCCAGUAAAAAACGAUGAAGAAGAUUAAAGUUGACAGCUCCUAUUUCUGGAGUGCCCAAGGAGAGGUUAAGCAAGUCUAGUAUGGUUACUGUGUUGUCCUCACUCAUAUUUUAUUUUUCAGUUUAUCCAGCAACGUCUGUGUUUAUUAACGAAACAUUUUGUCUGCUAAUAGAACGCAUUCAUUAUGACGUUGUUAUUGGUCGCUCGCGAGAUCCUAAUUAGUUUCGCGCGCGCGUAAUUUUCAUGCGCAAUUAAUCAGUUUGACAGCAUGGAUCGAGACAUAUUCCAUAAAACAUAAAAUGCAUUAUACUAAAUUUCAAGGGAAGAAUAUUUUAGAAUUUAAUUAAAGCUGCUGCCAUAGCAAAGAUUCCGCGUUUACUUUAAACAUGGUAAGAACACCGAAAGAUUCGGCUUUCAAAAAAAUUCGGAGAAAGGAAUUAUCUGGAGGGACGAAGCACCAAGAGAUUGUCCCGUUGUGGCACAAUGACAUAAGUAAAACACUAUAUAGUGGUAGAUGAGGAAACACUCGAUUGGUUUGCUUUAUCAGGCUUUUAAAACCAUUAAGGUUACAGAACACCUUUGAGUGUUAAUUUUGCCUAAAAUUUUUUUAUUGGUUUCAAUGAAAGCAUUAGACUAGUUCUACUAUCUGACCAAGUUUGAACGAAAAAUGUUGAAAACUCGCAGAGUUAUUUAAUAAAAUACAUUUCGCUGCAAUAAGAAAAACAUUGAAAAUGUAAUAUUCAAAUUCAAUUUUCUCCCGAAAAAGUUUACGGUAAUUACUGAUUUUCAAACGAGUUGUGCUCCUGCGGGUUUUAACUAAUUUUUCUCAAAUUUUCACAGGACAUAGCUAAAGACGUCAGUUUCAAAAUUGUGUUCGGCUUUUUUUUAAUUUUGGAUAUUUUAAAAAUAAAGGGCAAUUCACUCAAACAAUUCAGAAAUAUAUUGCAGUCGUCAAAGAAAUCGCCAUAUCAGCGGAAUGACGAAAUAAACAAAAAUUUCCGAACACAAUUUUUUAGAACAACUAUUUUACUGUAUAAAAAUGAUAUUUUCAUAAAUAUAACUUAAAACCAGCAGGAGCACAACUCGAUCAAAAGCGUAACGGUACCGCGAUUUAAGAUUUUCCGGAAUAAUUCUUACAUUAUUUUAUAGUUUGUCAUUUUUACACCUUUACCAUAUUUUGCAUGCACUGGAGAACAUUUGGUGAAAAUUUGAUGAAAAUCGGACUGAUAUUGAGCGCGCAGUAGUGAUUUUCCGAAAAACGCCAAAAAGGGUGUCUGUAACCUUAACGUGACAUUAUAAGAUAAUCUAGCUAAUUCAGAAAAAAGAACGUUUUUUUGUCAACGCAGACGUCAUAUUACCGAGGGGGACUGGAUUAAAAACUGUAUUUGUGUUUGUGUCAGUUUGUGGUAAUCUUCAACACAUACGACAAAACAUAAGAUUUUUAAAGUUUUUUGCUUCUUAACACGACCGCUAUGAUGCAAGAUGCCGUCAAAAUUAGUUAUACCAAUUUUCAGGUGACGUCCGUGAUAAACCAUGCUAGUUGCAGUAGAGUUGUUACAAGAUGGUUUAUUGUUGACCCGUUUGGAUCAGGAUUGGGUGUUACAUGAAGUACAGGCUUUAAGGAUACAUGUGAUAAUUGCCUGACGCUCCAUGUGGACGAACUCCGUGUGCGCAAAGAAUAAACGUUCGUCUGAUAAUCCGUCUGCAUAUAAUUGCAAUAAUCAGACAGAUUAUUUCCCAGGCGAGCUCUGCGUUUUUCGUCUAAACGAAGGUAGUUGCGCGCGAUGUUCAUCUUGACGAUAUGAUUCAUCUGCAAAACAGCAUUGUACGAACGGUCAGCAAAAACCAGGAAUGAUUUGUUACCAUGAAUAUUGCUAGACAGAAAUAUAAAUUGCGCUAUACACUUUCACGCUCUGCUUUUACACACACUUUGCACGAAUGAUUGCCUAAGGCAUAGUGUUUUGAUACAACCAAUCAAAAUAUGCUUUGACAAAACCGGAAGUAAACCUGCUUAUGCACUUGAUAAUAUUUAUAGUUGCCAUAAACUUUAAAAUAUCCUUAAAAAUCUUCAAAAACGCUUUUAAUGAUCUUUAUAGAAGCAUAAAUAUUCACUCAUUCCCAGCUUGCUGUAAAACAAUGGAAUGAGGGAAAAUAAAGAGAUGUCCCGGCCAAUUCAACAGAUUUGAAACACUUAUAUAUGUGAUUAUUUAAAUAUUUAAACUUUAUAUAAACUAUACAAAGUUUUAGCAAAUGCGGUUCAUAUAACGCAAUAUUUUAAACGAAAUAAAUUGGAAACUUUAAAACGGGAAAGAGGUUGGCUGUAAAAUUGUUUGUACAUUUUGGCAGGUUGUUUGUAAUUUUCACGUCAAGAAACACAGUGCAACCUGCUUCAGUAAAUUACUAUCAUCUCGCGUCAUGUGCGCUCUGUAGCUAUGAGCAGUGAACUGGAAUUGUCGAAGUGUGUUGUAAGAUCGUGAACUGCUAGUCCGUACUAACAGCUAUUUUUGUCAGCAGCAACCGCAACUCGGCGAGUUCAUUAUAAAGGUUAGUCAGUUUUAUUCAUUUUAUGCCAUAGUCAUGAUUGAGUUAAUAUUUAAAAAGUUUGUAGCUAUAGGAUUUUUAUGUUUCAAAGGUUUUACUUCAAUCGAAAUUUGAGUUCAGACAAACAAAAUUACAGGUGGUAGUUCAUAGCCUGUCAUUAAAUGUCAAAUUCUCGUUAGCAACCCUUUUUAUAUAGAACACAUUGUAAGAGUAUUUCCUAAACUAUCUUAUUUAAAUAGUUUUCUAAAAGGUUAAUUCUAUUAACUUUCAAUAUAAUUUACUUUUGCCGUUCUAAAACACUAUUAUUUGAUGUCAUAAAUUAUAAAAAGAGAACUUAUAUUUUGAUCAUGAAAGAUGGUUAAAGAUCAUUUUGAUAUCGGGGGCAGUCGACGAUUACAGCCUUAACCUCUAAUGAAACAAUGCCGGAAUUCUAGUAAAAUUUUAAAUGAACCUUUCCGCUGUUCCACUUUAUGAUUUUCAUUCGAUGAACACUAACGGUAAAUGUAUCAGAAAAUACUAUGAAAGAUAAAAGAUAACUUUGGCAUUGAAGGAGAGGGAAUGGGUGCUACUGAUUUAGUGAUUAUAGCAACCUGCGUUAAUCUGAUCCAAAGUCCUUUUCAUUUCAAAAAAAUGAGAAUACUGUGAUUUAUAUCUGAUUAUAUGAUUUAUCACAGUCACGUGACAAACAUCACAACAUUACUAAACAUCAGGUUUUCUCUUAAAUUUUCCCAAACUACAUUACUGUCACAAAGCUUUGCUGUACUUUAAGUUUAUCCUUAUUAAGAAUAGACGUUAUUUCUUUGCUUGAUUUAGUUUCCUAGGUUAUAUUCGUUUCCUAUAGUAGCAGUACGUAAAAUUGUUUUGGUUGUUACGCUUGAUGAUUAUCUAAACAGGUUGUAAAGCGAAAUAUAACAACAUGCCUACAAACAGUAACCAAAGUUUGGGAAAACUGAACGUUGGAUCCUCUAGCCAAGAUGUUUAUGUAAAAUAUCAACUGAAUAUUAAUCGAACGUAUCUUCUUCUAAUUCCAUCCAGCGUUUCCCUGACGUAUAGCGAACAUUUACUUUCUAUAAAGUACCUAACUAAUAAAGUAACUACAGUAAACGGAUAAACCUAUAAUAGUAUUUAUUUCUGUAUUUUAUCAUUGCUGCUUAGUUAAUCAAGAAUCUGCAAGUAGACAUAGGGAUUGUAGUAUUACGCGAGACUAGCUAUGCACGAGUGCAUGACGUAAUUGUAGUACCAGUUAGGAACUGAUUUUACUCCACUUAUAUUCUUUCAGGGCUCGGCCAUAAGCAAGAUGGACUUAAGGAUUUUAGUAUUGAGUCUAUUAGCCAUUACUGUUUCGACAUAUGCGAAACGAGGUAAGGUUUAAUAAUUUUUCGUGUUUGUGGUGACCUCUUGGAUAUUUAACAUACUAAAACUGAUAAAUGUAACAAAUAGUCGAAGAUAACUGAAAACUGCUCUUACAAAAUCUUAGGGACAAAUUUGUAGAAAAACAAUCCUUUGUUUGAUGUAGUCUAUUUAAAUUGGUAAAACAACGAAAUCUAAACUAUAAGAUUUGAUUUCAACGCCAGGGGAAUGAGAGCAGGCAUUUUGUGCCAAAUCCAUAUAUUCUGAUCAUACGGAUAAACCUAUUAGCCGUAACCGGAUAAGAACAAAUAGAUCUUUUCUAGUUUUUAUCUUUUUCUUAACUUGUAUAAACCAUAUAUUCUCUCGUUUUCUCUUGGAAAUUCAUUUAUUUAAAAUCAAAAUUUUAUAGAAUGUAAUGUUCGACCAAAAUGUUCCAGCUAGCCCUAGGCCCCUCUGCACAUUCCGACAAUCAACCUUGGCUACCUUUUAUGUCCAGAGUCCAGACGUUUUCAAAAUGCAUGAACGACGGUUGGGAUUUCAUAAACUUCAGUCAAGUAACAGAAGCAGUAACAGUACUAAAUUUAGUAUACAACAAUACAUAUUAGAAUUUUUCAAUCUAGUAUAUCAUAAUUUUUUUCCCUUUACUAAAUUAGUUACUGAAUCAUAUCUUCAUCAUGGAAAAAUAAUACAGAUUGUAAAAGAUGUUAAAAGUGAAGGUACGUUAAACGAACAAAAAGAUUUACAAAAAAUAUAAGAGUCAUUUUCUUGAUAAUUUGUUUAGCGGAGCAGGUGUUACCUGCCGUAUUAACAUUCCGUGGGUCUGCUGCUACUUCACAAAAUAAUGCUUUAAAAUUCGAUUCUGGUUUUCUAAAAUUAAUAUUACGUGGUUUAUUUAAUAUGCCCAGAUGUUCAAGUCGUUUUUAGAAAAGAUUGGCACAAGCCCAGAAGAAAUCGGGUACACCCCUUAAUGAAAAUCGUUUAUUCGGUCAACUGUAUAUAAUGAAUAUUAGAAGGUGCCCAAAGCCUUGUAAUCAAGAGAGUAUAACUGUAUGCCUCAAUGUAUGUCUUUAUAAAAUGUUCACUAGAAAAUUGGAUGAAGUUGACGAAAGCUAAUGUUAACCGUUCAUAUCAAAAUAAUCGUUGCAACAAUCAACUUGACCAUUUUAACACAGUAUAUUUAGUUCAAUAAAAUCAAUACUUCCCAUCCCCCGCAAUAAGAUUUUUUUACCACUUCUUCAAAAGUAAACAGAAAGAGCUAACUGCCAGGUUUAGUGCUUGUAUGCUGUUUGUAAUGGUAGUAUUUACCAAAAAGGAAUCCACACUGCUUGCACUGCGAUCAAACAAUUUACUUAUGAUUAACACUAUAUGUUCUAGAUAUUGCCAAACGAAGUGCCAACCCAAGCAUGUGUGGUGGAGGAUGUCAGCCAGCUCAACCACAAUGUUGCCCACCACCUAUGCCCCCACCUAUGCCAGGUCCACCGGGUAUGAUGGGCCCUCCUGGAUGUCCGGGUAACCCUGGACAACCUGGAUGUAUGGGACCCCCUGGUCAACCUGGAUGCAUGGGACCCCCUGGUCAACCUGGAUGUGCCGGACAACCCGCACCACCUGCAGCUUGCCCACCUAUCUGUGUUCAUCAUUGUAUGAAGAUCUGUCCACUACCAUGUUGUCAACCACCACCACGUCAAUGUCCAUGCCCACCACCACCACCACCAAUGGGAUGUGCACCACCAUCAUGUAUGCCACCACCACCACCACCCCCAUCAGCUGGAUGUUGUGGAGGUGGCGGUAUGAUGCCACCACCAAUGGGUAUGCCUCCAAGACCACCAAUGGGAGGUAUGCCUCCUCCACCUGGUGGUUGUUGUGGUGGUGGUGGUAUGCCACCACCAAUGAUGCCCCCACCUAUGCCCCCACCUAUGCCACCCCCAGGUGGCGCUGGAUGUCCGUGCCCACCACCCCCACCACCAGCAGGAUGUGGUGGACAGCCAUCAUGCAUGCCACCUAUGCCACCACCAUCACAGGCAUGCUGUGGAAAGUAAAUGUGUAAAUAAUACGAACUGAACACGAAGAAAACUGUGCAAAAAUUUGAUGUUUCACUUACAAACAAGUGACACUGCCUUUGAUAAAGGACUAAUAUGAGCGCGUUCACCAGCAUCUAGACGUGCGAUUGUUAUUCGAAUUUGUAUUUAUGUCUUUGAACCAGAGAGUUAUUAAAACUGGAAUACUGAACUAAUAAUAUAGUUGGACUACUUUAAUUUAAUAUUUUCUUACUGUAAACAAUAAAUAAAAUGCUGUCUAUAUUCAUAUUUAAUUAUGUUGUGAUUUGAUGUCGCGUUCUAG